AUGCGGAUUAAGUUUUUCAUUAUUCAACUUGUAGCUUUCCUGCUAUUGACUCAACUUCAUCAAACCGAGUCCUUUGCAAUACUUGCUACACUUCUCAGUGCCGUGAAAUUCAGUGGAAAUUGGUGCCUUACCGCGUUCACUGGUUUUCUCGGUUUCCACGGAUCGGAAAUGCUUUUUUCCCUUAUGCGUGGCGAUCGUGACAAAUUCGCGGAUUUACAAAAAGAUAUGCGAGAAGGUUUCGAGAAAAUCAACAACGAAAUUGCCACGUCGUCUGAAGUUAUUGUAAAUCGUUUAACAACACAAAUUUACGCCAACGGUGAAUUCAAUAGGAUUUUCCAACGCAUCGAGGAUUAUUUGUUGCUUAUUACGACCCAAUUUAAGAACUUACAAAAGUUACUGGAUCGCAAAGAUGACUUCCAGAAUGAUACGUUGUACAAAUCAGUUGACUAUUUGACUUCUGGGCACGAAGGAACUGUUCAAAGCGCAAUGUACAAAUUGGAUUCGAUCAUCAAUGAACGUUCUAUUUCAUCCCAGCUGUCAAAAGGAGCAAUUAUGGCAAUUAUUAACUAUCUCAAUGCCCAGCAUGAGGUCAAACAUUGCGACUUCAUCACUGCACCUUCUGAAGUUCUCUACGUUUUUCUUCACUACUUGACGAUGAUUCAUCUCAAGGGAAUGGUUACCAUCCAAGAAGCCUACAACCUACUGGCUCAUAUCAGUAAAAAGGAGGUUCACCACUACUCAGCCGAAUACCAACGGGUAGAACGUGACACAAUUGAUCAUAUCAACAAUUUAAUGAGUCACAUGGACAAGCUGGGCGAUUUAUCGCCAUAUUCUUACGCUUGUAUGCCAAAAAGCUAUGUGGAAAACAAACAUUAUGUUAAAUUUGAAAAAUUCUUACCACUUUACAUCGCAUUUGAAUAUGGCAUGGAACAUUUUUACAAAACACGAACGCUUCAAGCGACCUCGUGGUGUUCGGAAACUUGCGAUUUUUACGAUAUGGGCUAUUUCGCUCCCAAUCCAAAACAAAAACUUCGCAUAAACACCGUCAAUACUUGCUGGGGCAUGAUCCGAAAUUGCAAAAUCUCUGGACUGACAGAUCCGGUGUGCAUGCAACCCUCAAAUUCCACAGUUUUAUACAGGAAAGAUCAUUCUAAAUGUACAUUGAAGGCUGAAACCCGUUCAUCUUUAUACAACUUUUAUAAAUGUGAUUCUUGUCAAUGUUCUUGUGAUUCACAUAUUGGCGAAAAUUACAUCUACAAGAAGCCGAUGAUGGCCAAGGAUAAUAAAGUUGUCACUGGAGUGCGGUUUGAAAAGAAAAAUAACGCAAUUUUUGUCAAUAUUGAAACUUCAAGCGUGUUACCAUUCGCCUUUGGAAACAAUAACGACGCUGAAUGGGAAUCAGGACCAAAUUUAGAUGAAAAUAUAUCAAGCAAUCGUGACAUAUAUUUCAAGAUGCAUCAUUGGUGUCGUCAUAUUGCGUUAAGUGAUGUCCGAGUUGCUCGUGAUGAAGUUGUCGUUGGGGUUCAAUUGGCUCCAGUCCCUGGUAAACGAUGCGUUUUGGCUCUACGAGUAUUUGGAAGGCAGAUUAACAUGUUAAGUGGCAAAUUUACAAGCGAUGGAAUUCAUAUCUACGAACCAAAGAUUGACAAAUCCCCUGAAAUAAUCGACAUGGAAAAUUUAAUUGGUGGCGUUGACGCAAAGGCACAACAAGUGACAACAUCGCAAAAUGGCUCAACAUUGAUUAAAAUCUCACAUUCCGCAAUUGGAGACCAUUUGGGUCAAAAUACACUUCCUUACUUCGAUUCGCAACCAGUCUUGUCAAGUCCUCGAAUGAUGCAAGCCGGUGUAGGUCUUUUUUAUCGAACCACUGAAAAAUAUGGGGGAUAUUUGGCACCUCGAAUGAUGGCUUUCAAUACUUGGGACUACUUGAAAGAUAUCGAAAAGAAGCCAGAAAUAGUCAGAAAUCAACUAGAAAACGAUGCAAAAGAUGUACAAAAACUCGCACAAAAAUCAUUGUUAGACUAUAAGAAUUAAAAAAGUCGAAAAAUUGUAACGGUCAAAUAAAUUUGAAACA